AUGCCCAAUCUCUCGAUCUUGCUCACAUUUGCUUGGUGGAUCACUUGCUGUAGUUCUAGUGAGCCGCGUCUUCGGCUGGCGGUCUAUGUGAACCCGAUCCUUCCUGGGUGGCAUUCAGAUCCCUCAUGCGUUCAUGUGAAAGAAAGUUUCUUUUGCGUAACGUCAACAUUCAUGACCUUUCCUGGUCUUCCAGUUUAUACCUCGCGGGAUUUGGUAACUUGGAACCUUGCCAGCCAUGUUUGGAAUCGCGAAUCUCAACUUCCUGGCCUCAGCUGGAGAACACCAGGCCAGACAAAUGGAAUGUAUGCCGCUACCAUCCGUCACCACGAGGGCGUCUACUAUGUGGUUUGCGCCUACCUUGGGUUGUCAGAUAAGCCCAUGGGUGUCCUUUUCAAUACUACCAACCCUCUCAGGAGCAGCCAGUGGAGCGAUCCGAUCAUCCUAGAUCUCAGCGAAAUUGACCCAGACCUCUUCUGGGAUGAUGAUGGCAAAACAUACCUUACUACUGCCGGUAUCACCCUUCAGGAAAUAAAUCUCGAAACUGGCCAACUUGGGGAAGCAUCCAAUAUUUGGAAUGGAACUUCUAACGAGUGGCCCGAGGGACCUCACAUCUACAAAAAGGAUGGAUGGUAUUAUCUCUUAAUUGCCGAAGGUGGAACAAGCCAGAAGCACGCCGUAUCCAUAAGUCGGUCCAAAGAAAUUAAAGGGCCCUAUACGGCAUACGAGCGCAAUCCCAUACUUACCAAUCGAGAUACGACCGAAUACUUUCAGAGUGUUGGCCACGCAGAUUUGUUCAAGGACUCAAAUGGAAAUUGGUGGGGGUUGUGCCUCGCAAUUCGAUCAGGGCCCUCUUAUGAGUACAUGCCAAUGGGUCGAGAGGCUGUUCUCUUCAACGUAACCUGGAAUACAGAAGAAUGGCCGAAACUGGAACCCAUUCGUGGCCGAAUGCCCCCAGCUCCAUUACCUAGAUUGGGCUCGCCAGCUUCGAAUAAAGGACCUAACGUUUCCGGGAAUGAUCGAUUUGACUUUACAAAAGUUACCAAAAUCCCAUCCAGCUUUGUUCACUAUCGUGUGCCACCGCAAAAUGCCUUUUUGUUGUCUAAUAGAGGCUUGAAAGUCCGCCCUAGUCGAGCCAAUCUCACAGGAGACUCCUUGUCAACUGAAGCAGAGCUCACUGGACAAAAUGGCCUCAGUCUCGUUGGCCGGAGACAGUCACAUACCCUGUUCAAUUUCUCGAUUGGCAUUGACUUCUGGCCGCGUUUGAUAGGGCAGGAAUCAGGUUUGACUGUGUUCAGAACACAACUGGAACAUAUAGACCUCAGCUUAGUACGCGUACCGACGACAAGGACCAUUAAUUCUUUCUCCAAUGUUGUUUUUCGACUCAGUGGAGUGAGUCCCAGCAGAAAUAUUACGACACACCUUACACCAGUACCGAAGGGCUGGGAGAAGACCACAAUCAGACUGGAAGUCUCAUCGCCCGAUGACUCCAAAUACGUCUUUACUGCUAGGUCAAUGGCAGCGCUUGGGCCGCGGGUGGUAAUCGGAACUGUUACCACAUCAGCUGUAAGUGGCCGUGGUGGUAGUGGGUUCUUUGUUGGAUCUAUCUUGGGUGCAUUUUCCAGUUGUAAUGGAGCAGGUUUCGGCAAAGAGUGCCCUCAGGGUGGAGACUUGCUGAUCAAGACAUGGGUUUACACUGGUGUUGGUCAGAAGAUCUCAUCCGUCGAAAUCAUUCCCAUGAGUGGCCCUACCUCCUACUAA